UGCGCAGGCGCAGUGGUGCCAAGCCCUUGCUGCGGGGAGACGGUGUGGAAGCGGCGGCGGGAGGCGAGCGGCAGAGGAAGGCUGCCUGGCUGCCGGUCUUGCGGGAGGGCGGGCGGUGAGGUUCCCGCGGCUCCAACCAUGGCUGGGUCGGAGCUGGACGGCAGCGAGACGGGCGAGGAGGGGCCGCUGCCUUUCGAGGACGCGGAGUUAGCCCUGGCCGGCAUCAAUAUGCUGCUCAACAACGGGUUCCGCGAAUCGGACCAGCUCUUCAGGAAAUACAGAAACCAUAGCCCAUUAAUGAGUUUUGGAGCCAGCUUUGUUAGUUUUUUGAAUGCCAUGAUGACCUUUGAAGAAGAAAAAAUGCAGUUGGCAUGCGAUGACUUAAAAGCUACGGAGAAACUGUGCGAGAGUGAAGAAGCGGGUGUUAUAGAAACGAUAAAAAAUAAAAUUAAGAAGAAUGAUGGCCGAAAGGCUGCCCCAUCCAUGAUUGAUCGAUUGCAGAGGCAGAUCAUUGUAGCAGACUGUCAGGUUUACCUUGCUGUCCUCUGCUUUGUAAAGCAAGAAUUGUCAGCAUAUAUAAAAGGUGGGUGGAUCCUUAGAAAAGCUUGGAAAAUCUACAAUAAGUGCUAUACAGAUAUUAAUACACUUCAGGAAUUAUAUCAAAAGAAGAUAACUCGAGAUUCCUUGACUUCUGAUGCUGCAAAUGAUAAUCAUAUUACUGCAGAAGGUGUAACGGAGGAUUCACUAAACAGACUGAAAGGUGCUGUUAGCUUUGGAUAUGGACUUUUCCAUCUUUGCAUAUCCAUGGUGCCCCCAAACCUGCUCAAAAUCAUCAACCUGCUGGGUUUUCCUGGAGACCGACUGCAGGGGCUUUCUUCCCUGAUGUAUGCAAGUGAAAGUAAGGACAUGAAGGCCCCUUUAGCUACACUAGCCUUGCUCUGGUACCACACAGUGGUUCGUCCCUUUUUCGCUUUGGAUGGCAGUGAUACCAAAGCAGGAUUGCAAGAGGCAAAAGAUAUUCUUCAGAGAAAAGAAGCUGCUUAUCCAAACUCAUCUCUCUUUAUGUUCUUUAAGGGAAGGAUACAGCGUUUAGAGUGUCAGAUCAACAGUGCCUUGACAUCCUUUCAUACUGCUUUGGAACUUGCAACUGAUCAGAGAGAGAUUCAGCAUGUCUGCCUAUAUGAAAUUGGAUGGUGUAGCAUGAUUGAAAUGAAUUUCAAGGAUGCAUUUGAAUCUUUCGAGCGUCUGAAAAAUGAAUCAAGAUGGUCCCAGUGCUACUAUGCCUAUUUAACAGCAGUGUGUCAAGGUGCCACUGGUGACGUGAAUGGUGCGCAGAGUGUUUUCAAGGAAGUUCAGAAGCUCUUUAAAAGAAAAAACAAUCAAAUUGAGCAGUUUUCAGUCAAAAAGGCAGAUCGAUUUAGGAAGCAAAAACCAACCAAACAGCUCUGUAUAUUGGCAUCCAUUGAAGUACUGUAUUUAUGGAAAGCUCUUCCAAACUGUUCCUUCACCAACUUACAGCACAUGAGUCAAGCUUGCCAAGAAGUCGAUGAUUCUGCUGUUGUUGGUUUGAAGAAUCUGCUGCUUGGUGCCAUUCAUAAAUGCUUAGGAAAUGCUGAAGAUGCUGUUCAGUUCUUUCAACAAGCCCUUAGAGAUGACUUGUGUCGCCAAAACAACCUGUAUAUCCAGCCAUAUGCUUGCUAUGAACUUGGCUGUCUUUUAUUAGAAAACCCUCAGACUGUCCCAAGAGGCAAAACCUUACUGUUUCAGGCAAAGGAGGAGUUCACAGGGUAUGAUUUUGAGAACAGGUUACACGUCCGCAUACACGCAGCUUUGGCCUCUCUGAAAGAAGUGGUCCCCCAAUGAAGCCUCACCUCUUCCCUUCUGAAUGGCUCCCAAACUCCUCGCUACGAGGGAGGCCCGCUUUUCCCCUGGAAAAAACCACCUGUGCCAGGGAGGACUUGUAGAACUGGUGGCAGAAGAAUGUUCCAGUCUCACCAAUUAAGGACAAAAUUAGCCAAAAAGGUUAUGUGACUAAAAUCAGGAGCGACUUCUCCUGUGCAAACCCUAAUUUAAAAGGUGGGAGCUAGAAGUCAGCCCCUGCUGGUCAGUGGGGUUCGUGCCGGAGAACUGGCCCCAUAGUUGAAAACCUUAUAUUCCAGUGCUGGUGAACCGGGGGUGGGGGGGUGGGGUGGGGGGGUGUACUGGGAUGUACGUUAAUUUUUAGGUUGGCUGAACAUAUUAGCCUGUGAUUGUACAAAUUGAGCCUAUACUAAGCACACUUUGAUUUCCUACUAAAAUACUGUGGCAAUUUUCACAAGUAGGAUUUUUUUUCUGUUUCUGAAUAUAAUUAUUAUUUUUCUUUUUGUAGUAAGAGGGAACCACUUUUUCAUUAAACAGUUCUAUGUAAUUGUUUCAAACUGUACAUAGGCAGAAACUAUAUGUUUUGCUCAGAAGCCAGCAAGAAUCCAGCUGAAAAAAACGAUGCCCAGCACAGUCACAGCACAACAGAUCUAUUUAUUUGAGUUUUUGUACAGGUAUCUGUGAAUAACAAAACCUGCCUCCAUAUUCAUGUUAAAUUUAGAAAUAUUAUUCUAUUUUUCAGCCAAAUGUUUAUUUUUUAAAGUCCUUAUUUUCUGUGUUAGGCACGUUUAUAUCCGUUUUAAAUGGUACUGUGGCCUAUUAGCCUUGCUUUUACAAGGUGUUUACAAAUUAUCAUUCAUGUUGCUAAAAUUUAGGUUUAAUAUAAGACAAUUUGCCAUGUGGUAUUCUAAAUCUUUGGUGUUGCUAUAACUGUCCUCCGUCUUUGAAGCUUUUCAGGUAUCAUAGCAGUGUAGAAUUAGUUUCACACAUCAUUUUAGUGAGUUUUUUUAAAGGCAUAUGUGGGUCUGGGGUUUUGUUUUUAGAAUAGCAUUUUUUACCUAAAUGCUUCAGAGUUGUGUAAUUCUGCAAAGCAGAAGUAGUGCACCUUUUCCUUCUGAAAGCCUUAUCUAUUUACAUUUUGAUUCUGGUGUGCUCUGCAAAACUGGUUUGUCUCUCACCUACAUUGACCAGCUCCACUAUGCUAAUGGUCAUAGAGUUAGAAAUCCAUUUUCCUGAGCUCUCUGGUUAUUUCUGGUGAUCAUGCAAAUACUGUGAAAGAAAGGGUUACUUACCUGCCUCCACAAUUGAGUGAUUAUUUAUAUGGUGAACCAAAUAUUGUGUGAAUUCCAGUGUGAAUAGAUCAAUUCCUUGGACUGCUAGUUAUAUGUUGAAGUUGUUAGAUCAGAUUGAUUCCUUUAUCACUAAAAAUCACUUCAUUUCAGCAAUUAAAUUUGCUGCUUUCUGGGGAAAAACAAUAUAUUAGGAGAUAUAUUACUGCUUUAAUUUUAUAAUAACACUGAAUGUUGUGGAGACAUUUCUUCAACCCUGAUUUUCUUCCUUUAGAGAGACCUUACUUUUAAGCUGACAAGUUCUUUUAUGGUUUGCUGUUUUUGUCCUGAUGUAGCAAUACAUAUGAAAAUACUGCAUGAGUGUGUAUGUCUUAAUAUUGCAGUAUUUAAAGUCUGGGGUUUUUUUCCUGGACUUAGAAUUCAAUGUUUUCUUGAGAUACUUUGUAAUAGAUUAUCACACUGUUCAAUUUAGGAGUUGUGAAAGAGGAACAGGACAAGAAACUAACAAUAGCAGUGCAAGUGUCUGCAUUUGCAGUCACAACAGGAUUGUUUCCAUCCUGGUUUGCACUCACAAAGCACAAUAGAUAUAGAAAACAGAAGUAAUACUGUCUUUGAAUAUAUAUGGGAUACAAGUAUUGAGCGCAAAAAACAUGAGGAACCAUCUUGGAUCUGAACAAAAUGGGAAAUAGUCCUUGGAGAAAGUAUGAGAGGGAGACAAAUGAAGUGUACCAGUGUGAAGUAGUGUUGAUCACUAAUUGUGAUUUAUAACUAGAUAUAAUGUAUUUGAAUAAUUUAUCUGUCGCAUUCCUUUGUUGGUCUGAGCAGGUUUGCCCUACCUGCAUUUUUUUCUUCACAAGACACAAUUUACAAAAGUUAAACUAAACUCCAAUUGAAACAUGCUUUGUUAAGAGUAUUUGCACCAACUUAACUGAUUUGUCACAAGUCAUAUUCAAACUUACAAACCCUUGAACCUUCUCAAAAGUAACUAUAGGGGCGAUCAACCUGUGAUUACAUGUUCAUGGGCCUGUUCCUAUCGCCAGAUAUUUCUAGAGGUGCCCUUGUCCUGUGAGUGAAAUGCCCUUGCCUUGUGUAUUGAGAGUGGCUUAGUGCCACCAACUGGUGCCACAUGGAUUAGUACUAUCUUCCCCACUCCCAUCCUCUCAUGCACACCUUAGAGAAGAAACCGCUAGCCUGUAAAUGUCAAAGGUAUUUUUAUAUUAGACUAUGCCGGUGAUGAGUACUGUAUUUUAUGUAACUGGAAUAUGUUUUUUAUACUUUAUAGCUCGGAGGCAUGGUUUAAUAGCAAUAAUGAAGUAAGCAUUCUCUUUGUGUUAAUACAUAAAAAAUAUAAGAAUUUACCAGGUCAGGUAUAUUUGUUGUUGUUGAUACCUUUUUUAUUGCAUUAUACCUUUCAGUGAAUAAUUUAGAUUUUUACAUGCCACUUUAGACAAUUUACUGUGAUGUGCUGUACAUGUUUUAUUAAUUUACCUGUAAAAAUAUUUCUGCUUAGUAAAAUGAAGAGCAAGAUUUAAGUGUUGGUAUUAUUCUUUAGUUGAGAAGCUUUCUCAUAAGUCACAAGUUCAAGGAUACCUGGAUGCUUAUCAGAGUACCUUCUGGAAAAACUUGAUGUUAUGCAAGAAAAAUGUAUUAACUCUUGGUAGAUUUGUUUUAAAGCAGCUGCAGAAGUUUUGUGUUUGGUCAGCAUAAAAAGAAGGGGGCACCUAAAUCUUCUCUGGCUCAAUCUUUCCUGUCAUAAAUCUUUUCUUUUUCACAGCAGGCAAGAGCUGAACAUGAUAUAUCUCCAUCAACUUUGUCAUAAAUAGAUGAGAUGUUUUCAUUGGGUGAAGGCACUCCAUCUGUUUUCAUAAAAUCAGAAGUGUCAACCCACAGCUGCAUUAGGAUUUUAAAAAACUAUAGGGAGACUUCCCUUGUGACAUGUUUAGCUCAUUUCUGCAAACUGAUAUUCCACUGAGGCCAGAAUAGUGUUUGUAGCACUUUGAUCUGCAGGUGGUAGGUUUGCUUACUUGAAUACUCCUUCAUAUUAAAAUAGUCACACAGAAAACUAUCUUGCUGGGAGAAAUCCAGCUUAGAAGUGUAGUUCUUGAUCCCUAGAUUUCUGUGCACAUCCUAAGCACUGGGUAAUCAUUUCAAGUAAAAAGGCCAAAGUCCUUUGCACCUGUAUCCACCUGAACACCUAUUUUUCCAUUGUGCUAUUUUCCUUCAUGUUUAUGGAUUCACACUUGACAGCAUACAUAUCACAAUAUAAAGUAUCUGUGGUGGGGUCAAUUGAGAAUUAUUCUCCUGUAUUUCAACUGCUGAUUUCCCCCCAGUUUAGAAGGGUUAUAAGACAUAAUUAGUUCCUUGUAGACUCUGCCAUGUAAACAUAAGGAAACCCAGCUAUUUAAUGGUACAUGUGCUCUCUAGAAUUAAUGCACUACCAUGUGUAUUUAUUUGGGUACUGACUGUCAGGUUCAAUGUAUGAGCUGCUUUUCAAUUAAGGGUUGUAUAAGAGUAUUUCAUGCAUAUGCCAAAGCUCUGUUUCUAUUCUGGGUUUUUUCUCUUUAUGCAAAAUCUGUAUUUGUUCAUGUUUUAAAUGUUUUCCUUAAAAAUUGUGUUCUGUUUUCUGCCUUUAACUUUCAGUGCUUUGUUUCUUAUUCUCUCCAUGCUUUGUUUCUUAAUCUCUCAUAUUCUCUUUCUGAAAUAAAAAUCUGUAGUACUGUUUUGA